ACGGACCGGUUUGACAGCCGCAGAGCAUGCCGGGACAUGUAGUCAGCUCUCGGCGGUGGCGCUGCGGCAGCUUCCGCUCGGUGCUUGUCACACAUGAGCAACAUGGCCCCCGGUAGCCGGGCCGCCGCCGCCGCCGCCGCCUCCGUCGCCUCCGCCGCCUUGCUCGUCCUCUCGCUGCUCUGCCUGAGCCGCGCCUCCGUCUCCACCGAGCACUUCUCCGCCCUGACGCUGUUCAACAACGAGCUCCACCGGCAGGGCUGCAGCUCGCUGUCCGAGUGGGAGGAGUACGCGUCCGACUGCGAGUCAUCAAUUUUACAGUUAGAAGACCCAGACUGUGAGGAGGGAAGCAACCCGCCCUGCGAGUCAGUCUUCUCUCUUAAUGCAGAGAAAAUCCUGAACCAGGCCAAGUUGUUUAUAGAGCAGAAGAAAAUCCCCUUCCCCGUGGUUAACCACAACACAAAUGAAGAACUUGCUAUAGGCUACGUUUUGAUCGGCAACGGUCUUUAUGAUGAAGCCAUCAAACAUUUCUCCCUCUUACUUCAGGGUGACCCGGAGCUGGUCAGUGCCAUUUACGGGAGAGGGAUAGCUUAUGGAAAGAAAAGUCUGCAGGACAUAAAGAAUGCUGACUUGGCUUUGUACGAGCUCAACAGAGUCAUCACGCUGGAGCCAAACUGGCCAGAAGUCUACGAACAGAGAGCAGAGAUCCUGUCUCCUCUGGGUCGUAUCAGUGAGGCUCUGGGCGAUCUGACCAAAGCCAUCCAGCUGCAGCCGUCCGCUCGACUCUACAGACACAGAGGAACGCUGCUCUUCAUUUCAGAGGACUACGUGGCAGCUAUGGAGGACUUCCAGCAGUCUUUAGAGCUGAAGAAGAAUCAGCCCAUCGCCAUGCUUUAUAAGGGCCUCACCUUCUUCCACAGAGGCAUGCUCAAGGAAGCUAUCGAGACUUUCAAAGAGGCACUGAAGUUCAAGCCUGACUUCAUAGAUGCAUAUAAGAGCCUAGGUCAGGCCUACAGAGAGCUGGGUGAUUUUGAGUCAGCUAUGGAGAGUUUCCAGAAAGCUCUCAUGUUGAACCAGAACCACAUCCAGUCUCUCCAGCUCCGAGGCAUGAUGCUCUACCACCACGGUUCCCUGCAGGAGGCCAUAGGCAACUUCAAGAGGUGUCUUCAGUUGGAGCCCUAUAACGAGGUGUGCCAGUACAUGAAGGGGUUGAGCCACGUGGCCAUGGGGCAGUUCUACGAGGGGAUCAAAGCUCAGACUAAAGUCAUGUUGAACGACCCUCUGCUGGGACAAAAGGCCAGCUCUGAAUACCUCAAAGUGAAGUACCUCAGAGAGUACUCUCGCUACCUGCACUCCCACCUGGACAUCCCAGUAGCGGAAUACAACGUGGACCAGGAUUUACCAGGAAACUUCAAGAAUCACUGGGCCAAGAACCUGCCUUUUCUAAUAGAAGACUAUGAAGAGCAGCCCGGCCUGCAGCCACAUAUCAAGGACGUGCUGCCGCAGAACUUCGACAGCUACAGCAGCGAAGUUCAGAAACUGAUAUGCACGGCCGACCAUCUGGGGGCGCUAAUGCAAUAUGACACUCCUGGUUUCCUACCGAACAGGAGAAUACACAGAGCCAUGGGUUUAGCAACGCUGGAGGUCAUGCAGGCCAUGCAUCGAACAUGGAGCAACUCCAAAGUGCGAGUCAACGGCAAGACCAGGCAAAUGCAGUGGAGAGACAUGUUUGAUAUAGCUGUUAAAUGGAGAAGGAUCGCUGAUCCAGACCAGCCUGUUUUGUGGUUAGACCAGAUGCCUGCCAGGAGUCUCAGCCGAGGCUUCAACAAUCACAUCAACCUCAUCAGGGGACAGAUUAUCAACAUCCGAUACCUGGCUUACUUUGACAACAUCCUGGACUUUAUCAAAGACAGAAUACUGGUGUACCACGGGGCGUACAACCCCAGAGGUUUACUAGAAGUCCGACAGGCUCUUGAAAAUGUCAACAAAGUAGAAGAUCUUCUGCCCAUAAUGAAGCAGUUCAACAGUAAAACCAGAGAUGGCUUCACAGUCAACUCCAAGGUUCCGAGCAUGAAGGAUGCUGGGAAAGAGUACGAUGGUUUUACCAUCACCAUCACCGGAGACAGGGUGGGCAACAUGUUGUUCUCAGUGGAGACGCAGACGACAGAAGAGCGAACCCAGCAGUACCAGUCAGAGAUCGAGUCCAUCUAUAAAGACCUCACAGCCAAAGGAAAAGCGUUAAUGCUCUCCACAGAACUGGGGGAUGCAGACGCCUUGUGUAACCUCAUCCUCUCCUUGGUUUAUUACUUCUGCAACCUCAUGCCCCUCUCCAGAGGAUCCAGCGUGGUGGCGUACUCAGUUGUGAUGGGGGCGCUGAUGGCCAGCGGGAAAGAGGUCGUCGGUAGGAUCCCUAAAGGAAAGCUGGUGGAUUUUGAAGCUAUGACCACACCCAGUCCAGAGAGCUUCAGUAAAACAGCAAAGAUCUGGAUGAAUCUUAAAAGUUUACCGAGCUGGUACCAGAGUCUUCCAUCCGUGGCAGAGACGUUCCCGUCGACCAGAACGAUGAUCGAGGUUCUAAACACAGACUCGUCUUCACACUGUCCAAAGAAGUCUUAACGACUUCUGGAGGCGGGUCUGUUCGCUAAAGUCUUAAAGAUAGAGCUUCUACACUGGGCAGAACAACGUGACUUUUAUUUCUUCCUCAACCCAAAACUGAACCGGACUCAAAUCAACUCGGCUUUAAUGAUUAUUAUUUGAAUUUUAAAAAAAGAAGAUCAGACCAUUAUUUGUUUUUUCCAAUUAAAACUUUGAUUAGUUUAAUUUCCAAACACACUCCUGCUUUGUUCUCUGUCAUCUUCCCUUCAACGCUUCUUCGCACACGACUCCUAACAUCGCAGCUGGGAAGUUUUUUAUUUUUUAUUUGCUUUAAUUCUAUUUUAAUCACCACCACAGUCGACAGCAAAGAGCCACAGUUAGUGAGACCUUUCUUUAAUUGGAUAAUUAGAUCUCGAGCAGGAAGGAACAAAUACUACCAAGUCCACCCAAAUAUGACAGAAUCCAAAAUGUGGUUUUCUGUUGAAGCUUCUCGGAUCCACGCUGAUUUAUUUCUAAGUAUAUAUUUUCAUAAAGUUUAAUAGCGGAUCAGUUUUAACGAGAACUGAAUAUUUGGCGUCUUUCACAACGAUACUUUGAGUUGGUCUUUGUGUUUCCAGACUGAGAAAUGACAGAGAGCAUUGAAGCAGGAUGUGUCCGUUAGUUUGGCUGAAACCUGAUUCUCUCUCUCUCUCUCUCUCGCUCUCUCUCUCUCUCCCUCUCUCUCUCUCUCUCUCUCUCUCUCUCUCUCUCUCUCGGCCUCACGCUCAAACACCCAAAGCACAAAACUCAUCAGCACGAACAAUCUGUCAUCGCACAGACAAAAUCCCUAGUUUUAGUUCACCACGAAUGUUUCAUCUUCAUAUCUGGAGAUUUAAGUUUUGAAUCGAUGCUGUUACGUAUUAAAGUUUUUUUAAUUUAACGUUGAAGAUCGUAAUUGGCACUUUAAACUUCUGCUUCUUCAAACCGCUGCUGUGCUCCAGCCUGUCAGCAGAGAAGGAGCUGAGGGAUUUUCAAGAGACAAGAAACAAAACCUCGGCGGUUGAAUUCCACUGUGGAUCCUCGAAGCUAGUGUCUCUUCUUAGUUGGUUUUCUCAACGCUCGCAGUGGAAGUGUCACUUCUCUUUUCUUGGGCUGAACUUCUGGUUUCUUUUACUGUGACCAGUGACGGGUUGGUACAAAGAAGAGUUUCUGAACUGAAGCAAGAGUGACAGUCAGAGAUUUUAGAGAAAGUUCGGCGAUAUUGACAAACGAGACAAUCAAUCAAUUUAUAAUUCAUAAUUAACUUGAAAAAGAAAAUAACCAUUGAUUUUUAUUAAAUUCUAUAUUACCUUAAAAAUAUAAUAAGCAAUGAUUGAUCCUCCAGUAGAAGCCACAAAAUAAGAGCUCCUGAAUGUUCCCUGACUUCUCUGACUGGUUUAUCUUGUUGAGGAUUAAUUAAAAGUGAAAUAGAAAAGCACACAACAACUGUUAUUUCCUUUGCGAUCAUUCCUUAAACCUGCUUUGAAAGACAUCUCAACAAGCUCACAGAUAUCUAACUCACUGGAUUUUUACGUUUUUCAUGGAAUUACACUGAUGUUUUAUGAAAAUGUGUUUAAAUCUGGAAAACUCGUGUGAGGGAAGAUGUGACGUGCAGUAACCUCAUGAAACUGAACGCUGAAGGGUCUGAGGCUACGUGUGCGGCUGCUGUCGGAUAUUUGAACGACUCGUCAAACUGAGUUUAAGCACAGGGAGAAAGGUGCUCAUUUCAAAGUAUUGAGUCCCUCGAACAAAUUUCAUUUCCUUCUUAUUUAAACGUUUACGAUGAAGAGGCCUUUAACAUAUCACUGAAUGUCCAGUUUGUUGAUCUUCUCAUUCGAUCUUUUUCAUUUUCCUGCAUCACUGACAGUGAAUGGCUGACACUGGUUUUGCUUUGUGUCACUUUUCUUUUUCACAUCAACGAUUGUUCUGAUGGGUUUUAAUGUUUAUCUGUUUUUGCACUGGCUGCUCCAGUCACGAGUCGCUGCAGGGACGAGUGCACGACCUGAAAUCUUGAAGCCUAAAACUGGAAGGAGGGAAUUUCUUUUUAAAUGAAUGAGUGAACGAAUGUUUUAGUCAAUAAAACUGGUUGACAACUUUA